UGUCGACUUAGAAUUAUACCGACUCUGGAUGAAAGGAGUAGUUCUAAUUAAUUUUUUUUUAUUUUAUCGCUCUGGAAAAAAUACUGAGUUGACCCAGCUAACUUGUACAUGAUUUUUUGUAUUAGCCAAAAGUGGGCUAUACAGGAAAGCGGAAAACAGACAAGUCGGAAAGUGCGUUUCGCACAAGUGUUGGUGCAAAAAAAGAAAUGAAAAAUUACCAAGAGAAGUAGUGAUUGUGAAACUUGUCUUUUAGAGUCAUCCUUUAAACCUGGUCGGUUGCCACCUGUAACAUACAAGUCUCAUAAUGGAAGAAGUAUCUUUGACGGAAACUGAAAGUCGCUAUUAUGGUGAUUUGUUCUUGUGCUGUGAUGAAGAAAAAACUGGCAAAAUACCGAUGCUAAAAGCAUCCGAGUUGUUUCGUUCUGCUAAUCUUUCUAGUGAAAAAAUACUUGAGAUUAUAUCUUUAGCCGGUAUUCCUGAUACUGCCAUACAUGUUUCACGAGCCCAAUUCUAUUCUUGCCUGAAAUUAAUUGCCGCAUAUCAGGCAUCACUGCAAUUACGACAGGAAUUGAUAGCUGCCUCUGUUCAAUUACCAUUACCUCGGUUUAGUUGGAACGACACUGGCAGUAAGUUGGAAGUUAACAACCACCAACCACACCAUCAUGCAAUUCCGCCACCACCAGUCACCGAUCGACGCAACUCGUUGCAACGACGAACGGAGUGGACUGAUGCCAACCCAAUAGGGUCCCGACGCAAUUCUUCAUCAACCCAUCAACAUAAAAGCGAUAUCUGUGCUGCAAGCUCUGAUUUGCAAAGUACCGACUCUGAGGUGGAACAGUGUGAAUCUAGUUGUGGCGGAGAAGAGGGCAUUGCAGGAAAUAUGCAUUCUAAGCACCAUCGUGGUGGUUCUCCAGAGGCAUGGAGUACCAACAGUGACAGUCCAACUCCUACACCCACAAACACUGAAAGGCCAUGGGCCAAGGAAACAUUAUGGCAAGGUUUAUUGGGCGACGAACAUCGCCAGCUUUUGGGUACCGAAGAAGAAUCUUCCGACCGACAUAGCAGUGAUGACGACGAUGAAGAUGAUAAUGAAACAGAUUUGGAAGCAGUUUAUCAGAUAACACCGGAACAACGUGAAUACUAUUUUAAUCAAUUUAAAGCAGUACAUCAUGAUAUCAAUGGUCUGUUGUCGGGGCAAGCGGCCCGAGUAUUUUUCGAGAAAUCUCGAAUUCCCGUUGAAGAAUUGCGUCAUAUAUGGCAGUUGUGCGAUGUUACCCGAGACGGGGCUUUAAGUUUGGCAGAGUUUACAGCCGCAAUGCAUCUAGUUGUUCUACGUAGAAACAACAUACCAUUACCGGCCACAUUACCGCAAUGUUUGCAUCCAACUGUUUUAAAGCGUACAACACUUGCCAAUCACAUGUUGAAUCCAGAACCCGCAGAGGCCGAUCUUCUGCAUUUGGACGAAGACGAGGAAGACAAUACCGAUAAUACCAUUGUAGGAAUGAACACUGGAAUGAGUUUAACUGGAAAUUCGACCAGUAGUGCACGGAUGCUGAAUGAGAACGCGGUUAUGAACUUGAGCACUCUUUCAGCAUCUUCACAGGCUAGUGCAAGUUCACGGCAAGUUGCUACUACAGCCACAAAAAUCCUCAUUCCCUUACUCCACCAACCAUACCACCGCCGCCACCUGUUAAAAAUCGAAGUAUUUCAAAUUCUCCAAAAGUGGAUCAACCCACUGCUUCUCCUCCACUUAAUGUUACAAGUUCAAAACCAAGCUAUAGCACAAGUAAAGAUAAUUCGUUGUGGUCAACAACGGUGGGCAAUGAAGACCAUUCUCAAUUUAUUACGACAACGGUGUGACACACAGCCAAGUCAGUGGACCAAAUUUAAUGAAUCUCCUACAUCAAACGUAUCUAGUCCUGGUCCAAAACCUGUAAAUUUUGAUAUGCAGCGCACAGCACAGGCUGUUGUCUCAGAUCCACAAAUAUUGCAUCCAGUGCCAUUAAGAGUAACUCCCGUCGGUGGCGUUGUAACAACUAAUGCUACCGUUGCUCCCACAAUUGACAAACUCAAUCACGAACCAUCGGCAGAUAGCGUUCUUGCCGUGCGAGAAUCAAGUCCAAAAUCAUCAAUUUUCGCAACAAAUAAUACUUCACAACAUCGUGAUUCGCUGCAGAAUAAUGAUUUAAGAGCCAUACAGCGUCCGCAAGCUAAAAAAAUUCCGCCAAAAAAUAUUGGCGCAAUCCCUCCACCUCCCCAGAGGGAACCCGCAACGGUAGCUAUUGCCGCUUCCAACAUGGCUUCACAUGCAGCCGAAACUAGUUCCUCAAGUGGAGUGAAUAUUCUUUCGACGUCGAUGUUAAUCAGUAAAAAAGACCCUCCGCCUUUGCCGCCACCUCGUCCACAUCGACAUGGCCGCAGCAGUAGUUUGGACCUGAAUAAAUUUAAAAUAGGAACACCAAGUGGAACACAGCCGGAGAAUUCUGAUCCACAACAAAUGUAUUCCUUGCCACCACAGUCGUCAACGACUGGUCGUGGUCUUCCAUCUGCUGCGGUAGCAUUACCCCCGACAAGGCUUUCACUUCAGUCUAAUCAACGAGUUUCGGCUUUCGAAGUUUAUCGUAAACCCAAUACGCCACGCAAUUCUCAGUCUCCAAAACCUGUGGCUGCUCCAAAUUCGCAACAAGUCCCCCCUCCGAUUCCACCGCCAUUUGGGUCGGGUGGUGCCACAGCAUUGACAACACUUCCCAAUUCGGAUUUGUAUGAGAAGAGAGUAAAUGCAAUCAGCGAAACUCUACGACAUGUGUCAUUCAAACAGGAAAGCAACAACAAUAUGACUGAUGUGUUGCGACACUUGCGCGAACAGAACAAUCUUCUAUUGCGACUUUGUAAUGAUCUCAGCGACGAAUUACUUACUGUACAAACGCGCAAGGAAGAAAUGAGACUACAGCUAGAAGCUUCAGCCUCACUGAUAUGUAAUGAUGGAGUAAUUGGAUUCCCGCCAUCUGCAGCUGCUACAACCACAGCAUCUAACUCAAACUUGGGAGCCCCAAUGGGCCUAUGUGUUCGUACAGGAUCUUCAAUCUCGGCACCUGUUACUGCGAAUGUUACCGGUGGCUCAGGCAGCUCGGGCGUCCAUUCUAAUGUUUAGGCAGCUUCUAUUGUUAUCAACAAAGAUACGAUGUUAUAAUUUGUUAGAUUCGAUGUUGUUUGUUAAUGAAAACCGAUACAAAACGUAUUUUAAAAAAUAAUACAAUUAUUUAAAAACUUAUAUGUAUGUUUACAAUAAUAGACUACAAAUUAAAUGCAACACACACACGCAAACACCCAUGUAGAAACAUACAUCCUUUUACAUACACACUACAUAAUCAAGAAAACACAUAACUUCAAAAGUCGUUGUCAUCAAGGCUCCAAAGCCUACGCAAGUUAAAAUAAUAAACACAUAUAAAUACUACAUAUACGUUGACAUGCUGGGUCAUCAUCAUAAUUACCAUCGGAUAAUGCUUGUAUACGAUACGUAGUAUCACAAGCCGACAAGCAAACAGGCAAGCAGCAAAAAGAACUCUACCUACGUACAUGUAAAUGUAUAAAUUGUUAUUUAUUCAUAAUUAUUUAUUACUGUAAUAUUAUAAACAACUAACAACUCAUGCAAAACGAAAACCUAAAGAUAUCUCUAAAAUCAACUCAAUUUAUGAUCCAUAACAAACACACGCGCGAAGUGAAUAUACAUACAAUCAUAAUCUUCUUUUUACAAAACCCAUUGCGCUGGUAUCUCAUCUGUUAUAAUCUGUAAAACGAAGUAGGUGAACGGAAGAAUUACAUUGUAUUUUUCUACUAUAACAACAACCAAUUCAGAUUCCUUAUUAAUAUAUAUAUAUAUAUUUUUAGUAUGUUAAAACUACUUAUUAACAAUCACGAAACAAAAAACUGUCGACACACUGUAUUAGGUGAAUAGAUCUAUUCAUUCCGGAAAUGAAGAUUUUUUUUUCAAAUAUCCACACUUUUGAUUUUUUAACUACAUAAAUCGUAAAUGUAUUUUAAUUUUUUUUAUGUUAUUUUAAUGAUAAAAAAUAAAGUAUGCAAUUAAAAACAAA